AUGGCGACGAAAAUGUACUAUGGGUCGGCGCCAAAGUACUCGUACUGGCAUGGCUGCUCUACUGGUGGUCGUCAAGGACAUGCCAUGGCGCAGCAACAUCCUGAACUCUUCGAUGGAAUUGUGGCUGGUGCACCGGCAGUCAGCUGGGAAAAGUUUGCUCCUGCUGUCUUCUGGGGUCCGCUCAUGGCUAAUCUUCUUGAUGUCCAGCCCCCGACUUGUGUUCUAGACGCAUUUACCAAAGCGGCUAUUGAAGCAUGCGAUCAUCUCGACGGUGUGAAAGACGGUAUCAUCGCCUUCCCAGGGCAGUGUCACUUCAAGGCUUCCUCAUUGAUUGGCCAUAAGGUCCAAUGUAUUGAUCCUAGCGGCGAAAUUACAAUCACUGAAAAGAUGGCCCAGCUUAUUGCCGCAAUCUGGGAAGGACCUCGAUCUGCGGAUGGAAGUUUUGAGUGGUAUGGCUUCCACUACGACUCUAGCCUGGCUUUUAUCCUCGGUACUACAUGCACAUCAAUCGAUAGUUGCACGGUGAUUCCGUUUUCCUGGCUCGUGAUGCCUCUUGACACUUCCAACCUUACACGGCACGACUACGAUCGGCUCUUCCAACAAUCCAUUCACCAAUUCGCGUCUGGAAUUGGAACUGAGAACCCAGGUCUCAGCAAGAUGAAACGGGCAGGAACCAAGAUGAUUGCAUGGCAUGGUAUGCAAGACCAGCUUAUUCCUACGAACGGCACGGCGGACUACUACAACCGUGUUCUCAAGUUGGAUCCUCAUGCCGCAGAACAUUAUCGGCUCUUCUUAGCGCCCGGGGUUACCCAUUGCGGGUUGGGUAGCACUGGCUUUGACCCUACUGAGACAGUCCUCGGGGCUCUAAAGGCGCGGGUUGAGAAUGGCACUGUGCCGGACCGUCUUGCAGCUGUCGCUGUCGCUGUCGCACCUUCGGAUAGCUCAACUACUCGCACGGCAUAUUUGUGCCCUUACCCGGAGGUCUUCACAUACGUUGGUGGAGAUCCCAAUGACCCUUCGUCUUUCACUUGUGUGAAAUAG